GAAGACCACGCAGACGCUCCGUCGCUUCCCCUCCCGAUCCUCUCUGUCCACGCCCCUGUCCGCCUCUCCCUCAUCUCCGCCGCGCCAGCCUCGUCCCCAACCUCGCCUGACGGGCCGUGCCGGGCCUGGGCCGGCCCGUUGGCCAGCUAUACCGCGUAGGAUGAGGCGCGUGUGAGCCACACCAGGCCAGGCUACGCCUUCCUCCGCCGCACAACGCCUGUAGCCUUCGACUGACUCUCUCAAAACCACAAACGCGCGCACAUCCCCACCGACCACCACUCGCAUUCUCUUCGCGAUGGCCGCGCCGACCUCGCCGGCGGCGGCGUCAGCACGAGCUUCGGCGUUCCGCUCCCGCACUGGCCGCCUCGCCCUCUCCGCCGCCCACCCGGCGGACGGCCGUGGUGACAACGCCACCACCUACAAGGAGCUCGGUUUGUUCUCCUGGAAAAGGAGGAUCGAAGAUGCAGUUAUCAGGGUCGAGGUGACUGCGUCCAGUGCAUUGGAGUGGGAGGAAGCACAGAGAAUCAAGCAUGAAGAAGUAUUGCAAAGCCGUAAUUUGUGGGACAACCCUGCUAAGUCACAUGAGACGCUCUCUGCUCUGUCUGAUGCCAUCAGAGCGGUUGAUCAUCUCAAAGACCUUCUAUACAAGGCUGAAGAAUCUAAGUUAAUAAGUCAACUAGCAGGGAUGGAUGUCAUAAAUGGAGAGCUAUUUAAACAAGCAUACGAGGUCUCUUUAGAUGCUAGUGAGUUUCUGGAUCGUUACCAGAUGUGCAAGCUUCUUAAGGGUCCAUAUGACAAGGAAGGAGCUUGUAUUAUUGUCACUGCUGAAUCAGAGAGUGUUGCGUCAGAGCUAUGGGCAGAGAAGCUAUUUGGCAUGUAUGCAAGUUGGGCACGGAGGCAAGGUUGCAAAGGAGGGCUGGUUGAGAAGAUUGUGUCUACAAGUGGUCAUAUCCAAUUUGCAGCGAUGGAGAUUGAAUCAGAGUACAUGUUUGGCACCCUAUAUGGAGAAAAAGGAGUGCACAGAAUGAUCUACUCUUCUGUUGACAAUUCUGGCACAGACAAGGCAGUGUCAGCUAGAGUCGACAUAAUUCCUCUCUUCUUGGAUAGUCCAGUUAAUCUUCACUUGGAAGACGACGAUCUGGAGAUUUCUCCUUCACCCAGUGGAUGUGAAAAUCGAAGUCAAAGAAAUGGUGCUACUGUAAGAAUUCAGCACAUGCCAAGUGGAGUUGAUGCCCAAAGCUCAGGUGAAAGAAGCUAUUUUGCAAACAAGUUGAAAGCCAUGAGCAGGUUGAAAGCAAAGCUACUUAUUGUAGCAAGAGAACUAAGAGUAGCAGACGCGAAGAAGGUGGAGAAACAAGCUGUAGAGGAGAAAUGCAAUCGUGAGACAAGAAUAUACACGUUUGGGCCCCAGGAAUCAGUCCACGAUCUUAACACAGGCAUCCAAUUGUCGGACCUUAACUCAGUCCUUGAAGGCGACAUCGAACCAUUCAUCAGAGGUCGAUAUUUUCAAGACAGGGAUGAAUGACACACCAGAAUUCGCUUGCAAUUCUGUAGGUUCAUCCUUCUGAUGCACACGCCUCAUAAGCAGAGGAUAGUUUCUUUUUCGCGGAGGGAGCAAAGCAUAGCUCCUGUUACAGGGAUCACAUUUGAAGCCAAAAAGGCAAAGAUAUAUCAGGUAUAGGAAAGGCAUGUUCUUACCA